ACAGAAAGACCCGUCCCUUUGCGACUUUCAGCUCGUGCGCACGCUUUUGUUUUUCAAUCACUGAACACGAAUUAUUUUCUUAACGACCCAUAGUUGUACUGUUGCACAUAAUGUCGGUAACAGAAAUGUUCAGCUAUAUUCAGGGGUUCCUAAGUGCGGAUCAAGAUAUCAGAGAGGAUAUCAGAAAGGUUGUGCAGGGCCUGGAGCAGACAGCGAGGGAAAUCCUGACUCUUCUCCAAAGUGUCCACCAGACAUCUGGAUUCAAAGAGAUUCCUAGUAAGUGCACCAAGGCUCGGGAGUUGUUUUGCACUGUGAGGACACACAUUUCAGACCUCAAAACUAAAUUCCCUGUGGAGCAGUAUUACAGAUUCCAUGAGCAUUGGCGGUUUGUGCUUCAGAGACUGGUCUUCCUGGCAGCCUUUGUGGUCUACUUGGAGACUGAGGUCCUGGUGGCCAGAGAAGAGGUGGCCCAAAUAUUAGGGAUUGAAGUGGUCAGAGAAAAAGGAUUCCACCUGGACGUGGAAGAUUACCUUGCUGGUGUGCUGAACAUGGCCAGCGAACUGUCUCGUCUGGCGGUGAACAGCGUGACUGCAGGAGACUACACCCGGCCACUCCGCAUCUCCAACUUCAUCAACGAGCUGGACUCCGGCUUCCGCCUGCUCAACCUGAAGAAUGACCCCCUGCGCAAGCGCUACGACGGCCUGAAAUAUGACGUGAAGAAGAUCGAGGAGGUGGUGUAUGACCUGUCCAUCCGUGGGUUGGCCACGGAACCGCAGGAGGCUGGGGGAGACAAGUAGAGCUGGGAGUGGGGAUAGGAAAGGGGCUGGGACAAUCCUCCAGAACUGGGACAGAGAACUUGACCUGUUGCAGGGCAGGACCAAGGGUCUGAAGCCCUGGAAGCCUAAGACAGACUGUGUGUGUGUGUGUGUGAGAGAGAGAGAGCGAGAAAGAGUGUGUGUGUGUUUGUGGCAGUCUGUCAGUGGGGUUUGAAAACCCAGAGACGGUAGUUUUGAAGGGGAGUUCCAACUUAAUACUGGUGUUUGGAUUUGUUCGCCUGUUUCUGACAUCAUCAGAGUGCUUUUCAUGUUUCACAACAUUUUGAUUUUGUUGUUAACACUGUUAUACACAUACCUUAUAUGUUAAGUAUUGUUUUGUUUUAUUAUUUGAGGUCAAAGUUGUAGUUUAGACCACUCAAAGAAAAAAAGAAAAUGUAACCUUAUUGAUCUUAAGUUUGUGGAGUCGAUAUGCUAAAAUAUAAGUUCAUGCAUCUUCCAAAAGCCAGGGAAGUAGUCCAAUACAGACAGUUUAAAGGCUGCUGAAUGUGAUGUGACACAUUCAAGCUAUUGUUUGAAGAGAGCCAAAGAAACAGCAUAGGUGCACUCAACACAGAUAUGAAGCCUUUGUUCUGUCCUGUGUUGGGGAAAAAAAACAUUACUGCGUCGACAUGGUGUGCGCUUUUUUCAAGAUUGACAAUGUAUUGAUUCUAUCUCAGUGUCACUGCCUCGUUUGUCUGCAUGUUCUUACGAACAGGAGAGACUGGGUCAAGCCAAGCUGGGGUGGUGCUGAACGCAGCUUUUCAUCUAGCUAUGUACUGUACCAUACACUGCAAAAACAGUUGCUCAGUGAUUUACUCCUGGCACAGCCAAGUCUAAAAUGUUCUUUUCAUACUUUUGGCAACCUCCAUGCAUUUUUCUUCUUGUAAACCAUGGUAGUGUAGUUGGAUAGUGUCGUUCUAAAGUGCAAUCGUUGAUUUGGUUGCACUAUUCCAAUGUGUUUGAAUGGUUUCCUUAAAUUAGUGAAUUGUGCGUGCUUACAAAAUGAUUCCACCUGAUCAACAGGAGCUCAUGUUUCAGUGUUUUGUUUCUGUAUUUGAUCCUUUGUUGGAUCAGUUGUGAGGCCAUUUGUUCCGAAUAAAUAUUUCUACUUUGCACCAUC